AUGGCAAAAAUAAGUAAAGAGACAAAACAGCGGUUGCAGCAGCUCUUUCAGUGCGGCCAGUUCGUCAUUCGAUGGGGUUUCAUCCCGACCGUGCUGUAUUUGGGCUUCAAACGAGGAGCGGAUCCGGGAAUGCCGGAACCUUCCAUAUUGGGGUAG